AUGGCUCAACUAUACAGUGGUUGUACAGUGCCAGGAUCAGUAGCUCAACAAUUCACUGUCCAAUGUCCAAACUGCACUUUACGUUUCUCUCUCUCUCCAACUUUCAUUUACCAACAACACACCCAAUCAUUCAUUCAAUAUCCUAGUUUGCAAAGUGGUGUGCGAUCAACUUUUUAUACACCGGCACAUUCCAGUUAUCAUGUAUUUGGUGUAAACCAGCAACAACAAAUGACAGAUAGUACUAAAAGUAGACAGGGUGUUUUACAGAAUGCUGCAGACGUGAAUGAUAUGAUAUGCGAUAUCCUCAUUGAUAUCUUAAAUUCAGAUAUGUGUAAGUAUGGUAUUACCGUUUGUCAGCUAAUGGUUUUGUUGAAACAGUCAUGUGCAAAUUAUAAUAUAAUACUGCCAUCAUCAAUAACGGAUGACUUCAAGGAAUUCUUACAUAACAAAAUGACUAGUUAUGUUGAGAUUGAAGAUGAUCUGUGUCGCUAUCGCCGUCCAACGCUUCCUAUUCAAGAAGAAAGCAUUUCAAGUUCAUCAGCUUAUGAAAGGAAAUCAAAUCACCUCAAAACAUCCCCUGCUCCUUUAGUCCCAUGGCAAGCCUUGCAAAACUGCUAUAUUAUAUCAGCUGUCGAUACAAAUGCAAGUUAUUCAGCAGAUCGAAGUAAACAGUUUUCUGAUGGAAUAGAAGAGCGUCAUAGGAAUGAUGAUGUAGAUAAAACUGCCGUGACUGAUCCAAUAGUUCCUGUUGGAGAUAAAAAGUGUAAUGUAUUGCAUAGGAAAAAUAACUUAACUAAAAUUAUGGACAAAUGGAAGAAAAUAUUUAUGGGUGACUUGAAAGAACUGAUUAGAUAUUUACGGAUGGUAGAUGAUUAUUUUCAUGAAAACGAUGGCAAAUUCACUUUGACAGAAUUCAAGGAAGUGUUUGGAGAAUUGAGUUACCGGUGGGAAUUUUGUGACAUUGAUUUGAUAGAGAUGGAUAUAAUAAAUAUUGUUCAUGGUAUUGGUGUGGAUGAAGAACCAGUGCUCAUCGUCAAUCCAAUCAUCAGGGAAAUGGAAUUUCCAGAAGUGGCUGAACUGUCUAAGCAAAUCUAUAAUUUACUGUCAAAACUGUUGCAGUCUGUAAAUUCCGUAAAAGUUGAAGUCAUCGUUCGCACAGUGAAUUUUGGUAUUAAUAAUAGCAAAACGAUAGACGAGAAGUAUGCUCUGUUGUGGGAGGUACUCAGUGACUCUCAAUUUCAAAAUGUGUUUGUUGUUGACAUUUUACAAAAGCAAAAUAAAGAAUGUGGUUUUGAUGUAAUGGUGCGUUUCAAUCCAAAUGUGGACCUGUCGGGAAUAUUUGCUAAAAUGAAUAAAUGCCGAUUGGCAUUGUCUGUGACAGAAAUGUCAAGAAAGAAACCACUGAUUGUCAUUCUCGGUUGUACCGGAACAGGCAAAAGUGAUUUAGGCAUUGCAGUGGCGAAGAAUUUCAAUGGUGAAGUAAUCAGUGCUGAUUCGAUGCAAAUUUAUAAGGGUUUGAAUGUUGCUACGAACAAAGUAUCACAGGAAGAUAUGAAUGACGUGACGCACCAUAUGAUAAGCUUUGUUGAGCCGUCCACUUCUACAUAUAAUGUACACCAAUUCACUAACAGAGUGUUGCCUUUAUUGGAAGAUCUUUGGCGUGCUGGCAAGUUACCUGUUAUUGUUGGCGGAACGGGGUACUACAUCGAAGGGAUUUUAUUUAAAAACAGUUUAAUACCAACAAAUACAUUCGAUGCUAAAAAUGACUUCGAGGAUCUCUCAGAUGAUGAAGUUUACGAAUUAUUGAAACAUGUCGAUUUGGAAUCUGCCAUGCAAGUGCAUAAGAACAACCGUUUUCGCGUUGUUCGUGCUUUACAAAUUUAUUAUGCAACGGGACAGCGUAAAAGUGAAUAUUUGGAAGAGCAGCAUCGAAGAAUAAAAUUAGGCGAAAUGCUGCGUUUUAAAAAUGUGUUAUUACUUAUCCUCAAUGCUCGUAAGGAAUUGUUGGAAGAACGACUUGAUGAACGAGUCACAAAAAUGAUCGAAAAAGGAUUAAGGAAAGAAAUUGAAAACUUUUAUGAGCAGUAUCGCCACUGUCUCACAGCUCAUGGAGUGGCUCAAUCGAUUGCAGUAAAAGAAUUUCAUGAUUAUCUACAACUAAGUCCACAUGAACGAUACACGGAAUUGGGUGAUAAAUUGUUCAGCGAAGGUUGUGCAACUCUGAAAUUGCACACACGGCAAUAUUCACGAAGGCAGCGGCGAUGGAUUAAACAGCAUUUGUUAGGAGGAAAUACUUCAAUGGAAUCAACGAAUAUAGCAUUUUUUGAUACCUCGGAGAAUUUUUAUGAUAUUGUGGUACCUAAUGUGUUGAAUAGAGUCGAUCAGUUCCUAAAUAUCACUAAUGAUGAUGUUUUUCUAAACAACGUGGAAGGAAAUCAACCUUUUACAGUUGACUUUGAUUACAGAAAGUUGGCUAACCAAGUUUAUUACUGUGAAACAUGUAAAAUUGAUGUACACGGUACGGUGAACUGGGAGGCACACUUGAGAGGCAAAAAACAUCGGAGAAUGCUCAAUAACAACAUAGAACAUGAACAAGUCGACAAAUUACAUCCUUAA